CGCACUCGCACGCGCACACACACAUAGCAACCACGGCUGUAUAAUAAUAUCGAUAGCAACCCACAGCAGCAGCAGGGUAGCGGAGUGGAGCAAGGACAAACAGGGAAGUGGCUUUAACAGGUGGGCUGCUGCCAGUGUUACCACCUCUCUCCAGCUCUUCGUCUGCCGCCGGAUAAAUUAUUCCCGUGUUUCGUGUUUCUAACCUGCUGAGUGGAAACCAGUCCAUGGUGAAAACACACGACGCACUUUGAGGAAUACGUAAAGAAAUAGAGACUAGCUGGGACUAAUACAACGGGAGGUCGUUAAGUGAGAAAGACUCGACGUGAGAUUGUUGAGCUUGUCAGAGACCAUUAGAGCAGCAGCAGAGAGUCCAGCACUUGUUGAGUGUGUGUACUGCAGGUGUUCUUUUAGAGGAGGUGACAUGUAGGUAGCCUACCGAUAGUGAGGAGAAUGCUCCAGUGUCCCGUUUGUUAUUGACGCUUAUUAUUACCCGUCGCUCUGACCGUAUGUGACCAUGAAGGACACAGGGGAAUCAAAGGACCACCAACUAACCGUUGCCUUGAGGAUUCGACCCCUCAGCGAUGCUGAGCAAGAGGAGGCGGCUACAAUUGUGGCCCACAGAGUGGACGACCAGAUGGUGGUCCUGAAGGACCCAAUGGAGGACCCGGACGACAUUCUGCGUGCCAACCGCUCCAGGGAGAAAACGUACAUGUUUGAUGUGGCGUUCGACUACUCAGCAAGUCAAGAGGAGGUGUACCGAGCUACAACCAAAGGGUUGAUUGAGGGCCUCAUUUCAGGCUACAAUGCCACCGUGUUCGCCUACGGACCCACAGGUUGUGGAAAGACAUACACCAUGUUGGGGACAGACAAGGAGCCAGGCAUCUAUGUUCGAACGCUAAACGACCUGUUCCGGGCCAUUGAGGAAACCAGUGACGACAUGCUGUACAGCGUUUCCAUGUCCUAUCUGGAGAUCUACAAUGAGAUGAUCCGUGACCUGCUGAACCCAUCCUCUGGCUUUUUGGACCUAAGAGAAGACUCGAAAGGAGAGAUUCAGGUCGCUGGCAUCACAGAGGUGUCUACCAUCAAUGCACAAGAGAUCAUGGAAUUGCUGAUGAGGGGCAACAAGCAGCGCACCCAGGAGCCGACAGCUGCCAACAAGACGUCGUCUCGCUCCCACGCUGUGCUGCAGGUGGCCGUGAAGCAGCAGGGCAGGUGUCGAGACGUCUUACAGGAGGUCCGCUUUGCACGUCUCUUCAUGAUCGACCUAGCUGGCUCUGAACGAGCAGCACAGACUCAGAAUAGAGGUCAGCGGUUGAAAGAGGGGGCCCACAUCAACCGCUCCCUUCUGGCUUUGGGCAACUGCAUCAACGCGCUGAGUGACAAAAAUGGCACCAAGUAUGUCAACUAUCGAGACAGCAAGUUGACUCGACUACUGAAGGACUCGUUGGGUGGGAACAGCCGAACGGUCAUGAUAGCCCAUAUUAGCCCCGCCUCUGUGGCUUUUGAGGAGUCUCGUAACACCCUGGCAUACGCUGACCGUGCCAAAAGCAUUCGAACACGGGUAAAGAGGAACCUGAUCAAUGUGUCAUACCACAUUGCUCAGUACACCAACAUCAUCUCAGACCUGCGCUGUGAGAUCCAGCGGCUCAAGAAGAAGAUUGCAGAUCAGGCGAGCCGCCAGCUUAACUCAGACCGGGCUGACAUCCGCCAUGUCCAGGCGGAGGUCCAGGCCCACUCCAGCCACCAGAGUCAGGCAGAGAUGGACCAGUUGAGGGAGCAGCUCUUGGAUGCCUUCCGCCAACAGAUGGAGAUCAGGAGGAGCCUGAUGGAGCUGGAAAACAGCAACAUGGAGAUCCAGAUUGACACCUCCAAACACCUGUUAACCAUUGCAGACUGGGAGCAGGAGCGUAGUAGGCGCAGGAAGAAGUGGCGGGCUGAAAGAAGGAAAGAAAGUGUCAAUAAGGACGAAAGCGAGAAGGACUCGGACUCCCCAGAUUCUCCUCCGGAUAGCACAGAGACCCAGCAGGUGGUGAUGGCCCGAGAAAACCUGGUUACACUCAUGGCUGAACAGAAAAAGAUCAACAAACAGAAGGCGUUGCUCGAGCGCAGAUUUGUGGAGCUUCGGGAUCUGGGCCGUCGCUUGGAGGAGCUGUUGCCUCGACGGGUGAGCUCAGAGGAGCAGCGCGAGGUCCUGUGCCUCCUCUGCAAAGUCCACGAGCUGGAGAUCGAGAACGCAGAGAUGCAGUCCCAUGCACUGCUCAAGGACAACGUCAUCCGGCACAAAGACUUUGUGGUGCAGCGCUUCGAGCAGCACAGACACCUGUGUGACGAGAUCAUACAGCAGCAGAGACAGUUCAUUGUUGACCACAGUCUGCUAGUACCUCCACACCUCCAGGAGCUGUAUGAGAUGUACAUGAGGGAGCUGGAUGAGAGGAAACUGGACAGAGCAAUGGCCCUGGACAAGGUGACCACCAGACACACCAUCAAGGAGGGCUCUCUACCUAAGAUCACCCUGCCCAGUCAGGGUCGUGACAACAUGCAGGACAUGGACUCGGACCAGGAGAGUGUACGCAACAUGUGCUCGGAUAACAGACGAGGCCAAGCCAAAAUCCGUAGACACACUUUGCCCCCUAUUCUGCCUGAGCCUGAGCUUGACAACAACAGAGUUUUUAAGAGCAGCCCUCAUGCCAGGCAGAUAAAAAACUCUGCUGUAAUGACACCGCCUCCCAUCCACAUAAACGGGAAGGGCAACAGAGAGCUGCAGCCGCUGGCUCCUGAGAGCUCUCUGAGCUACAGCCAUCUCAGCCACAGUGUCAGCAGCCACCUGGACUCUUCACCCGAGAGCAGCGAGGCCGGGGCUGAUAUCCCGCUUUCACGAACCGAGCGGCAGCAGAUCCUAAAGGGGGUCCAGAACAUUGUAGUAAAAGCAGCCCGUCGACGCUCCAAAGCUCUGGAGUUGGACGCCUUGCGAUUACCCCCUCCCCCCUCUCCCCUGGACCCCAAGAAGCAGAAAAGCAGCCUCUCUUUGAGUGAGGCGCCCCCUCAAGGUUUACCAAUGCGACGCGGCAGGCAGCCUAGCCCUGAGCUCAGACACGCCACCUCGGACGAUAACCUGUCCAGCAGCACGGGUGACGGGCCCGGCCUGCAGGUAACCUGGACACGCCCACGUAACCUUCAUGUCGCCACCAAGAACCAAACACCCCGCGAAGUGGACUUUGAGGCUCGCCGCAAGAAGAGGCGCUCACGCUCUUUUGAGGUCACUGGUCAAGCACUGCCUCAAACCAAGACAAGCACAGCUCAGAGGUUCCGUCCUCUGGACAGCACAUCAGACCUCCAUCUCCACAGCAACGGUCAGCCCCAGGCUCCCAUGCUACGUCCCCAGUACAGAGGGGUCCUUCCUCUCGCCAAAAUCAGGGCACCCCACAACAUCCAGCAAACAGGCUUAAAUGCAGAGUCCUCAUCAGCCCACAUGAAUAACCUGAAGCGAGGGCCCCAGCUGCGGCAGCCCCAGCCCCUCCUCUACAUCACCACCACAGGAACUGGGGGCCAGCGCACACGCAGACACUAAGCCAUCACCCAAAUUUAUCCUCAGCACCAGCACUGACACCUAAAACCAGCUGAGUUUGGAGUAGAACCUCAGAGCAACCAAACCCACCCCGAUCCCAACACCUCAGUGACUGACAUUAGGCAAGAUUGUAAGGCAGUAUGCUGGAGAUUAAACUUCACACAGGUGUCCUCUGUGCUUUGUUGUGGACACUGAGCAGCAGCGCUGACAGGCUCUGAGACCCAUCAGCCUACGGACGCCAAAGAUUGCUAGAUGUACAGUGCAUGUUCUGUGUGCGUGUAAAGUGUUUCCAUUUUAGCUUGCUGUCGUGCUGAAUUAUGUGUUAUUCUCAAGUCAGGAUGGUGUCAAACUCACUAUAAAUGCAACACACAAUACUAAUCGUUUAUUGUCAGCAUAUACGGUUUGGUAAUGUUCAGUGCUUGUUAUAAAGGCCAGAAAGUGAAGCAUUAAGCUAAAUGGGGAUGUUUCUAGGGCUCAACCUCAUCGUAAUGAUGUAAAUGAGAAUCAGUGGAAAUGACUGCCUUUAUUAUUAGGGUAUUACACUAAUGGCAAUGUAAAACUGUAACAUGAGAAAAGACGGAUUGUCACGUUGUUUCAGCAUCAGUUUUUCUUGUAGUGCGGUUGUUUCAAUGGCACGCUAAUAUUUGAGUAAA